AUGCAAGCACCAGUAAUUCCCGCACCCACAGUAACUCUACCUGCUACACUUCAAGCCACGCCUGCACCCGCGAAUCCGCUUCCCACGCAGCCCCCGGCAAUUGCUGCCCCAACAAACGUAGCCAUACCGGUUCCAACGCAGCCCCUCUCGACAGCGGCCGCAAGCACCUCCCCUCCCACAAAAACGUCCACGCCAGCUGCGCCUCUACUGUCGGCACCCACCCCCGCCGCGACACUGGUCACCACCCCAGGUAUACCAACGCUCGCCCCCACAGUUGCACCCAUUGUUGCUUCCACUGUUGCACCCCGUUCCGCCACCGCCACGCCCCCCCCCACACCAGCAGGUACGUUAGCACCCCCCACAACGCCGUUUGGCACUCCUAUUAGCACCACUCCGCUUGUUGCGCAAGCGCAGUCGCUGGCUCCGACACUCGCUACCGUCCCUCCAGGGAUCAGCGGGCUCCUCAACACGAGUGCGCCCGUCAAUACAAGCUUGCCCCUCAGUAGUUCACCACUGGGCGUCAACCUAAGCAAUAGCCCCUUGCUCACGCCCUUCCAGAACCUUUCUCAGCUGAACGGGACGUUUGCGCUGGCAGCGCCGCCGCUCACCUUCCCUUCCCCUCCUCCUUCCGGAAAAAACUGUCCGAACGCCUGCCCUCUGGGCACCGCUCUGCGGCCGGCCGACUUAACCUGCGACUGCGUCCUGCCUACGAUUGUGGAGCUGGCCUUCCGGCGAUUCGCUCAGCAGUUUUUGCCCAACGUUCCCGAGUUCGUCCUUGAGGUCGCCGAUGGCCUUAACCUGACCGCCGCUCAGGUUUCGGUCCAAGGCUUCUGCUCGGUUCUGCACAGCGGCCGCCGAUUGCUCCAAUCACAAGUCCAUGACCUUAUCGUGACGACUUGGCUGCUGCCAAUCGCCUCUCCAGCGGAUCCUGCCCCGAUGCAGCUCUCCAACAAUCAGACAGCAGCAAUCACAGAGCUGUUCGUGAGCAAGCAGAUGAGGUUGAAUCAGACUCUGUUUGGAGACUACUCGGUGAUCCAGAUUCUGCCCCCCGCGCCCGUCGCAGCCGCCACAAUGGGAACCGGAAGUGGCGUACCCAUCGUAGCCCCUAAAGUGGGGGCCGUAAGUGGCAGCCCCAGCCUCGGCACUCCUCCCAACGCUUCGCCAAGCAGCAGCUCAAGUGACUCAGGUUCCCUGAGCGUCGGGGUCGUCGCUGGAAUUGUGGCGGGCGCGAUUUUCGGCAUCGGCGGGCUCCUGUUCUUUGUGUCGUUUGCCUCUGUGGUCCGGCGGCGGCGUUUGCAACAGUCGGCAAACAGGACCGGGGGGUGGAGCAAAGACGAGGGCUCUCCAGAUGCCCCCGUGCGUGGUGCUGAACGUGCCCCUGCGCUUGGGGCCGGCCUGGCCGCCGCUGAGGGGCUUGACUCAUGGGGCUCCCCCGCCUUCGCCCCACUGCGGGGCCCUACGAUCCCCCCGACUUCCGCAGCCUCCAAUGCCGUCACCCAUGUUCCUCCCGCUGGAUUUCUCCCGGUGAAUUCACUCGGGCCCCCGUCCGUUGGAUCAACCAGCUGGCAGGAUCCUCCUGCCCGGAUCGGGUCGUACGGAGCCACAACGGCCACGCGACCAGGCCAGUUUCCUGUAAGCACUGUGGAUUCCACCGGUUUGGCGCCCGGGCUGAAUUACAGCAGCGAGUUGGAGUAUUACAGUCCGGAACAGCCAGGUUCGAAAGGCCAUAAUUUGAAGUGGGCCAGGAAAAGGUAG